AACAAUCAGCCUCCAGAGAGAGUUUGAGAUUAUUGGUGAAUUUAGACGUUGAUAUUAUUAUGUCAUAGGUCAGUCGAUUAGUUUUAUAUCAAAAUGUCUUCAUCAUCGGAGUCGGACUCGAUAGAUGUCCCCGAAGAAAACGAGGAGGGGGAAAUUUAUCAAUUGAUUUAUAACAUGAACACCCAGGAAGAAAAGGAGCUUGAGAGCUCAUCCAGCUCUGGGAACACACCUGUGCAUGUGAAAAUUGAUCCUGAAAGGAUGCCGCGGGCAGUUGUUGCUAAUAAAAAAGGACUAGACAUGAAUGUGUUGGACAAUAUCCAAGAAAUCCCAGCAGUGAAGGCGAAUGCUGAGGAAAAGCCGUGGAGGAAAGCUGGUGCUGACAUCUCGGAUUACUUUAACUAUGGUUUUGAUGAAGAAAGCUGGAAUACCUACUGCAUUAAACAGGCCAUAGUCCGUUCAACUAAAAGAAAGCUGUCCACUAAACUCACAGGCCAGAAGGGGUGCUCUAGACAUGAGGGAAAAAAGAAGUGUCCUGCUACUUCCUCAGGCAGCCCAUCCGUACUAGCUUCCAGCAGACAGCUGAAUGCUGCCACUGAGGAGAGAGGAGGACAACCUGGAUGCAGCGGCAGAGUGGAAGCGCGACGAUGUCUCAGAGAUGAAGGGAACAAUUCUCAGGUGGCUACUGAGAUGGCCCACGAGGAGGAUAAACUUACUUCUGAUCAUCUGUCCUCUCCAGCCAACUUCAGUUACCCCUUUGCAUAUACCCCUCCACCACCUUUCCUUUAUCGAUCAGGACCCCCUCCUCCCUACUCUUUUGCUACUUUGGACAGUCUGGAUUCUAAAAGCUUUGAUGGCCCCUCAACUUCACGGCGCCCACGUUCGUCAGAUGUACCGUGCUUAAUCCCAAGGUAUAUGGCCUCCAAAGCUGGAGUGAUUAAUACUGCCAAGUCCUGGGAAUGCUUCAUAUGGGAGGAAAAGUGUGAAACAAACAGAGAGAAAUCCAGAGAGCAGGUCCGUUAUAAAGACAGUCAUAGAGGCAGAGCCAGGGAGAGCUGUUUCUCUUCACACAGUGAGGAGGAGCGAAUGAGGCACAGGGACACUGUGGAGCGAGGGCACAAACGCACUUCUGAUAGAUUCAGUGGAGAAAAAGAAGAACGGAACAGCAGGAAGAGGCACAGAGACAACGAGGAAGGGUGGCAGAAACCAUCAAGCAGCAGCAAGAGUAUGGGGGACGGUGGUGAGGACAAAGCCGGUCAGAGUAGACGCAAAAACAAAAAGAAAAGAAACAGGAAGGAUAAGGAGACAGACAAGAUGUUCUCUGCUGACCAGGAGAGGAAAUUAAAAUCAGACUGACUUUCUCUCUCACAACCUAUUUAAUGACAUGUACUGCCCUGCGGCCCCUUAAUGCAUGUUUCAUCAGAAAAUGUGAGUUUUAUUAGAAUUUCUUGAGACAAGCUUUAGAUGAUUUUAUGUAUACAGAAUGUUGAUGUUGCAUCAGAUUUUAGAGUUUAAGUAUGACUUUUUAGUAAGAGUUUCAUCACGCCACUCGCUUUUUCAAAUGACUUUAU